AUGAUUCCCUACUCCAUUGCUGUCGAAGCACCCCAUGGAUGGAGUGGAAUAAAGCCAGCACAGAGCAAGAUUGUAUUUCAGUGGUUGCAUAUCCAAGAUCAAAAGCUGGGUGGCAACAGAAUCAAACAUACAGCGAAUGGCGGGGAACAAACUCUCAUGAUAGAAUCGUGGGGAAAAGUAUGUGUAGAUGGCUAUGAUCCCCUCAAGAAAACAGUCUACGGGUUUCAUGGCUGUCCUAAAUGCAAGAAACAAAGACAUGUUAAAACUUGGCACCAUCCAGACCGUACGGGGGAUGAAAUGUUGGAAUUAACAAAAAAGAAGACAGACGUGUUGAGGAAAGCAGGUUACACCGUAAAAGUGGAAUGGGAAUGUAACUUCAAACAAAAACUUGCAGCUGAUCCAGAGUUACAAGACAUGAUCAAAGAUUUGCAAUGGACGGCUCCUUUAAACCCAAAAGAAGCCUUGUUUGGUGGACGUACUGGAUUAAGUUGUUGUUAUCACAAAACAGUCCCUGACGAAAGAAUUGACUAUGUGGAUUACACAUCAUUGUACCCGUGGGUCAACAAAUAUGGAACGUAUCCCAUUGGACACCCGACCAUCAUGAAAAAUCCAUCUGAUCAGAACAAUGACAAUUACUUUGGUAUCGCUAAAGUAGAUGUGUUGGCUCCAGAAAAAUUGUUUCACCCCGUAUUGCCUAUGAAAAUUGGUGACAAAUGUAUGUUUACUCUGUAUGCUACCGGUGCCCAAGAACAGCUAGAAAAACCAUGGCAUGAAAGAAGUAAUCUUUGCAAACAUACAGACCACGAACGUCAAAUGACGGGUACUUGGUGUACAGAGGAACUGAAAACAGCGGUUGAAAGGGGAUACGAAAUACUAAAAAUUCAUGAGGCGUGGCACUGGGGAGAGAACCAGAGAAAAAGAGGGUUAUUUGCACCCUACGUCAACAAGUUUUUGAAGGCCAAACAGGAAGCCAGUGGCUGGCCGUCAGACGUAGAAACAGACGAACAAAAAGCCAAGUACGUCAGUGAGUAUGAAAUGCAUGAAGGCAUUCAAUUGGAACAAGACAAGAUUGAGAUCAAUCCAGGCCGGAAAGCAGUGGCUAAAGUGAUGUUGAACAGCUUUUGGGGUAAAUUUGGAGAAGCUGACAACAAGCCAACUACCAGUACAUUGCAGAAAGUAGAAGAUUGGGAAAAACUAAUAAAUGAUGAUACGGUGAUUGUAAAAAGUGUCAAUGUUUACAGCGAAGAAGUGUUGGAGGUCACAACAGUAAAAAAAGAAGGCGCAUGUGACCCGAAUGUGAAAGGCAAUAUUUUUAUCGCUUUGUUCACAACAGCUAUAGCACGCCUCAAGCUAUAUGAAGCUUUGGAUGAAUUGAAAGAAAGAGUCCUGUAUUAUGACACAGACUCUGUCAUCUCCAAGAGCAAACCUGAAGAUGAGACAUUACCACUGGGUAAAUUUUUGGGGGAUUUUACAGAUGAGACCGGUGGAGACACAAUAGAGUUCGGAUCAGCAGGACCAAAAUCCUACAGUUACAAAACAGGCGGUGGAAAAACAGAAUGCAAGAGCAAGGGGUUAAAAAACACUCACGCUGUCAGAGAAGUGUUGAAUUGUGAGGCAAUGUUGAAACACAUUCAGCUAGAACUGAAAGACCCAGAAGAACACAAGCGUCAGUUAAAAACCACAAUUUUUAAUCAUUUUGUCAGGAAUAGUAAAGUCAAAAGCAUUUAUUUGGAGGAUAUGAUCAAGAUAUUCCAAGUCAAUUGGGACAAGCGUGUGAUAGAAAAGACCACAGGAGUGACAUACCCCUAUGGUUAUUUGAGAUUGUAA